ACCCAGUUUCCCUUUAUCCCUGUACUCCUUCUAGUACUACAUAUACACACCUCCGAUCAUCAUCCGUUUCCCCAAAACACUCCACUAACCGCACCCUGAUACAGCAGUUUGUACAUCACCGUCUCCGGCGUCUCUACCUAAAACCUUAUCCCUACUAUUGUCUCAAUCCUACACUAAUGCGAAAUGAUGCAUGCACGAAAACAGAGAUGGCAGAUAAAGAGGAAGGACAUGCAACUGCCCCUAAAGGAGCCGAUUGGGAAGUAGUAUCACUCACUGCAUCAGCAUACGCUGCUGCCCCUGGUGGGAAUAUCCCAGAGCUUAAACAUGAAGAAAAGGGUGAAGUAGUUGACAAAGAUAAAGUCGAAACUUCCAACACAUUGUUCAUGUCUACUCAUUUUGUUUUGCCACCUAAACAAGACACAGAGAUCUUUGAUCAGCUUGAUGAUUCUGAAUCCAUUAAAGACAAAGAAAUUUAUGAUGUUAAGAAGCUAACCGAGUUACAUGAUUAUCACAAAAUUCCCUUUUCUAAUGAGAAAUUAGCCCUCGGUGACACAGACUUCACAGAGAACACUACAUUGUCCAGUCUAAAUAUGGGAGCAAAAGAGCAGAGUAUUUACACUUCUCCUGCACUUGAUUCAUUACACAGUGAAGCAACUAUGGGUGUGAAAAACAUAGAUGAUGAAAUGAGAGAAUUAGAUGAGUCUGUACACUCUUCUGAGGAACCCAAAGAAGACAACAACCACAACCAUGAUGGAUCUGGAUCUGGAUGUGGUGUGCCUUAUGGAGUUUGGUUGAAGAAACAAGCUGUAUCUUUGUAUGCACAUACAAAAGAGACGAGUACAUUUUGGUCUAUUUUUGCUGCGGCUGCAGUGAUGGGUAUUGUGAUUAUUGGCCAACAGUGGCAGCAUGAAAGAUGGCAAGUUUUGCGCCAUGAAUUGAAAUUUCGGAUCCAUGAUGAGAGGAUGAGGAUGAUGACAGGUCUUAAAGACGCAAUCAUAGGUGGCAACCGGCGAGAUUUUUUGGUCAAUGGAAGCAUCUCUCGAGAUCGUUGAAGUUUAAUGGAGAUAAUUUAUUUUGAUGAUGAUGAUGAAAAUGAUGAUAAAAAAACAGAGUGAAAAAAUGUCAGUAUUUAAGUAACAAUUAUCACUUGCUGAAGGUUAUUUAACAUUUUCAUUAUAUGGGUCACAUUUAUAUGGUUCUUAUCUGAUCACAUGCCAAGAAAAAUAUAACUAUAAAAGUGAGAUCUGUAAAAUGGAAGAUGGAGAAAAUUGCCAAACUAAUGAUGUCUUAUUUUAUGACAACAAAGGAGAAAAAACCUUUAUAUUAAAUCUGUGCUUAUUAUGUUAUGUUUUUUUAAGCUUGUUAAUGGACUGGUGU